GCUUACUGUAGGUGCUCUAAGGUGUAACCCAGAAGUGUGCCGCAGCAUACAGGGAAGUGUGAUUCUGGAUAGAACCACACAACACAAGGGCUUAUCUGGAAAUAAACCACCUAAAUUGUCCUAUUUGGUGGAUGGAGCUUGGUGUUCGUUUGAAGAAACAAGAAGCCAACAGAAAACAGAUCAAGUGGAAAGAAAAUGGAGAUGUCUGAGGGCAUUUAUGAAAAUGAUGCCGGUGAACAAAAGCAAAUGGAAGAACUCGCUGUGAAUACAACUGGAGAGUGGGAUGGGGCGGAGGAGAGGACAGUGGAUAUUUAUGAAAGCUCAGACAUCUACAGUGGCCACGCAGCUGUAACAAAGAGUGCAGUGCAACAGCAGCCAGGCUGGGCUGUUACAGUGUGCCUGGUGCUGCUCUGUGUUCUCCUCCUGGCUGGGAUCAUAGGCACUGGACUCCACUGCGGACUCAAACUGCAGACUCACAGCAAGAGCUGGGCUGAAAUGAGAAACCAAACUUUGGUUGAAUUCAAUCACUUCUGUAAAGAUGGAUGCAGGUCAUUCAGCGACAGCUUGUACUACAUUUCGUCUGACCAAAUGAGCUGGGGGGACAGCAGACAGGACUGCAGAGACAGAGGGGCAGAUCUGGUCAUCGUAAACAAUGAAGAAGAGCAGGUAUUCAUCAAUUCCUUAAAGCGUAUAUUCUGGAUUGGUCUGACUGACGGAGAAGAAGAGGGAACAUGGAAAUGGGUAGAUGGUUUGGUUCUGAACAGCACAGGGUUUUGGAAAACAGACCAGCCCAGUGGGAUGUUUCAAGGAAUGGAUGAGGACUGUGUUGAGACUUUUUUUUAUGAAGUGAUUAACAGUUGGAAUGAUGAUCACUGUGCCACCCAGCGACACUGGAUCUGUGAAAAACGUUUCAACUUCUAACAUCAUUUGUCAAUACACAUGUGGUGAGCGCCAUACUGCAGAAAAACCCAUCAUUGUUUUUAGGACAGUUUUUCCUUGUACGUUGCUUUUGUGUGUGUAAUGUGUCUUUGUAAAGUAGCAAAGUAGCAUACAGUCCAGUUGCCCUACCAUGUUUGCACCUACAGUAUAUGUACGACACAUCCCCAGACAUCAUACUGGUAUACUCGUAUUGAGAGAGUUCAAAUUUCCAGACGAGAAAGCAACUUGAAGGAAGCCCUCAUCCGUGAGUAAAGACUCUCACAUCUUUGGGAAUGAAUGAGGACCUGGAUCUAGGGGUCUUUGUUUACCACUCAGAAACAGUUCUAACAGGUCAUUGUGGGCUAUGGCUAUUAAACAAUUUGAUAUGCAUGUUUUAUUUUGUGUGCCACAGGGAACAGGCUGGCAGACUGAUAUAGGGCCAGAGAGCAGAAGUAUGUUGCUGUUGCAGAUGUAGAUAUCUGAAUCUAUGGCAAUAUAAACUAUUAAUUAAUAGAGCUUUAGUCAUUGAUAUUUCAGUAUUUGCUUUUUUUACUGAGUAAACCAUAGUUGAUUAUACAAUAAAGGGCCACACUGGAAAAUGAGAACCACAUCAAGGGCCAGAUAUUUUGAGUUUAUUGCUUUUAUGUCAUCGAAAAAGACAAUAUCUUUGACUGUAUUAUUGCAUGUCUCAUAAUAGUCUUCUUGAUGUCAUAGAAUGCCAAAAACUUCGGAAAAAGCGUCAAAAAUGAAGGGGAAAAAACUAGCAAAAAUGCAGAAAAAAGCACCAAAAGUGUUGAAAAAAAGCACCAAAAACUUUGUUAAAAGUGACAAAAACUAGGCAGGCUGAAAUUUAUCGUGAACCUAAAUUAAUAUGGGGGCCGGAUUUGGCCCGCAGGCCUUGAGUUUGACACGUGUGAAUUAGAGUAUGUGAUGACCUGCAGAGGACAGCAGAGAGCUCCACACAGCCUACAGGAACGACUGAGAUGAUUAUUUUUGCACACAACCCUUUUUCUACAUGAACGAGUCCGCCAGUCCUGUAUAAAGUAAUUGAAAGCAAUACUUGAGUAAAACUACAAGUAUCUUACCAGAAAAUGACUUCGGUAGAAGUUAAAGUCACCUUUUAGAAUAUUACUUGAGUAAAAGUCUUAAAGUGUCUGAUAUUUACUCUGUAAUGUCGUACUAAAUGCUUGCUCUGUAAUGUCGUACUAAAUGCUUGCUCUUGUGGGAAUUACUGGAAUUGUUGGGUCUUUGUAAA